GUCCCAAAAUCUGGAUGGGGCAAAUGCAAUACAAAUGUCAGCAGAUAGAGUAGCGAUCGCGAAGGCUAGAAAGCAGAGGGUGGCGCCGUACAGAUGGGAAAACGGGAAAGCUGUUGCUAUUUUUGGACAGGCAGAAAUGGCAGCAGCGACAGGUUUGCUGGAGCGCCGACGAAAAGGCGGGGGUUCCAGGCGGGGUGCCACGGUCAGAGGGGCCGCAGGAGUAGAUUGCUUUCCGCUCGACGGGGAAUAAAAAGAACUGGCGUUCGGAGUCCGCACCGGGGGUUUCAGGAAAAGGAAAAGACGCCCGGGGAGUGGUCACGUGGUGUGCGUUGGCCUCGGGUCCGGGGGGUGGAUUUCCUGGGGUGGUGGAGAUGCCUUUCGCCGUUCAGCUUCUGGGAGUCGUUCUUCGUGGUCUGGUUGGGCGAAGCAUACCGGACCGGCCUAGUGCGUCGAGCGGGCGCGGAGUUUUUUUUUUUUUGGCGCGGCACGAAGCUGGCCUGCCCUAAUAUCGGGUGCCUGGCGCCGCAAGCCACACCCACUAGAAAACCCGGGAAUGGAAAAACGGCCCGGGGGGAGCGGGGCUGCUGGGCCCGAACGGCCUUAUGGACGACGAGCCAAAUUUCUGCGGCGAACGGACGUUGUUUGGCGGGGCGGCGGUCACAUGACGUGAGGCCAUGCUGGGCGCGCCGCAUGGGGCCUGUUCUUUGCCAUGCGAAAUCCAGCGUGUGGCCCUAGACAAGGCUGGGCGGCAGUUUUUGGUCCGCGGCGGCGGGGUGUGUUCCGGGCCCGCCGGGCAAUGCUUUUGGUGUGUUUCGAGGGGU